AUGAGUGACUUCCAGACCCACCUGCAGACUGCAUAUCAGGCACGUCAACGCCUACAGAAUUUGCUGAAAGAUGGUACAUUUGACGUUGACGGAUCUAGCCUUGAUAUCUCUGCUAUAGUAGCAGUAGCAUAUUAUGGCUGCAUACCCAAGAUCACUACGGAUCCUGGUGUCCUUGAAAAGAUUGAAGCAAGCGUGCAGGUGCUGAAAGACCAUUUGGACAAGGGCUAUCACGUUUACGGUGUUAAUACUGGCUUCGGCGGCAGUGCUGAUUCUCGAACGGAUCGAGUGGUCGCAUUGCAAUCUGGACUCUCCCAGCUUCUGCAAGCAGGUGUGCUGGUCGCCUCAGAUAAAGAUACCAAUGUGGAUCUCGAGCGACAAGGUCGCCUGGAUUCACAUGCUGUGCCCGUUCCCUGGGUGCGAGCAGCCAUGUUGGUUCGAGAUGCACUUUUGUCUGCCGGUAUGGAGCCUCAAGUGCUAGGUCCUAAGGAGGGGUUAGGUCUGGUCAACGGCACUUCAUUCUCUGCAGCACUGUCGAGUCUCGUUAUGUACGAGACCCAUCAACUGGUCGUGCUAGUGCAGGCGAUCUCAGCUGUGGCUUUAGAAGCCUCAUGGGUAAUGCUGAGAGCUUCCAUCCCUUCAUCUCUGCUAUUCGGCCUCAUGACGGUCAAAUGGAAUGAUAGAUAUGCGCUUCGAUGUGUGCCUCAGUGGAUCGGACCUCAGCUGGAAGACCUCCUGCUCGCGCAUAAGCAAGUCACCGUUGAGCUUAACUCAACAACAGAUAACCCACUAAUAGACCCGGAGACCGGGGAUAUUCUCCACGGAGGCAACUUCCAAGCGGUUUCUGUUACUUCUGCUAUGGAAAAGACAAGAUCAUGCCUUCAGAUGUUUGGCAGGCUCCUCUUCUCACAGUCUACUGAACUUGUCGACCCAAGCGUCGAUAUCAGCAUGGCCUCAUACAUGGCAGAGUUGGCUUAUCUGGCCAACCCAGUGAGCUCGCACGUACAAGCAGCGGAAAUGCGCAACCAAUCAAUCAACUCCAUGGCUUUUGUAUCAAGUCGGUACACCAUGCAAGCAGUCGAAAUAGUGUCGCUCAUGUGCGCUUGUAGUCUGUACAUUGGAUGCCAGGCCCUGGAUCUCCGAGUACUACAUUUGACCUACCUCGAUAACGUCAAACCCCAACUCCAUCUGCUUACAUCGGAUCUCUUCUCCUCAUACCUAUCAGACUCAGAGCUUGCAAAUCUGACCGAAUCCCUAUGGGAAAAUAUCGCAAAAAGCUGGUCGACAACAACUCGUCAGGGUAUACCUGAGCGAGUGCAAGCAGCCGUUAAAGACGUUAUUCCUACACUACUAGAUAUUCUGAAAGAGAAGCGCGGCCCAGGCCUUUCGGAUCUGAAUCGAUGGGAAACCCAAGCUGCCGCCCUUCUCAACAAGACGUACCAGGAUACGGCAGACGCAUUCUUCAAUCAGCAAAAUACCGAAGAGUUCUUGGGCGCUGGUGCUAAGAUUCUUUACCGCACUGUUCGCCGAGAUCUCAACGUUCCUUUCCACUUGGGCUUCGUGGAGCACCCGACAGCUAACAAUGAUACCCUCAACGGUCGCUCGAAAAAGACCAUUGGAUCUUGGAUAUCAAUCAUCUAUGAGGCUAUUCGCGACGGCAGCUUAAUGGGUCCUUUUAUGGAAUCUCUUGCUUCAAAAAGCUCUAGUGCGGAUGACUCUUUGACAAAGAUAAGAAGUCUACGGAUGUCCCGACUUUAA